UUGCUUUAUGGGGUGACAUUAUUCAAAAUAAACAUAGGAAUGAUGACGAUGAAAUUUUUUGUAACGACCCAUUAUUAGUCAUCGAAUAUAAUCAACCGGGUCUCGCAAGCCGCACUAUCACUCCACCGGGUCUCGCAGUCCGAAAUAUCACUGAAAAUGAUGUUAGCGCAGACCUGGCACAAUCAAAUUCUGUAUUCGCAUUUAACGAUAUGCAAACAAUGGAACAUGCCAUUGCACGAUUAUAUGAAAACUAUCAUAACAAUGUGACAGGACGACGAGAUCCUAUUGUUGGACGGGUAUAUUGGGUGGAAUUUCGCAGGGCCAAUACUUUUGAUGUUUGUGAACGACUACAUGUUUUUGAUUGA